UGACCGUGCCUGGAGCCUGCGUGCCGGGCGUGCUCGCCGAGGGUUUUGCGCCUGCGCGGUGGUCGGCGGUCCCUUUCUGGCUCCUCGAUCGCCAUGGCGCCCGUGAAGAAAUCUGUGAUGAAGGGCGGCAAAAAAAAGAAGCAAGUCCUUAAGUUUACCCUGGAUUGUACCCAUCCUGUGGAAGAUGGGAUUAUGGAUGCAGCUAAUUUCGAGCAGUUUUUGCAAGAACGAAUCAAAGUGAACGGAAAGGCUGGCAACCUCGGUGGCGGAGUUGUAACCAUUGAGAGAAGCAAGAGUAAGAUAACUGUGACGUCAGAGGUGCCAUUUUCUAAAAGAUAUUUGAAGUACCUGACAAAGAAAUACUUAAAGAAGAACAACCUUCGGGAUUGGCUGCGGGUGGUGGCCAACAGCAAGGAGAGUUAUGAAUUACGGUACUUCCAGAUCAACCAGGACGAAGAGGAGGAAGAGGAGGAGGAUUAAACCCUCUUGGGUCUGGAAACGUUUUGUAUAUGAUCUUUAAUAAAACUUGAACCAAA